AUGCGAUCUCUAGCUACCGCUUGCUGGCUUCAUGGACUACUCCUAGCAACAAUUGUCUCCGGGGUGUGCGGGAGUACAGGGACAGAACCGGAUUUCAUGAGCGUGAGAAAGAACGUAACAAGAGAGUAUAAAAGCGAGAAGAAAAUACCAACAGAGAAAUAUUUCCAUGAAUCAUCUUUCCAUUAUCAUUAUGACGGCCGCUUCGCCAAUGAAACUCUCCCAGAAUCAGAUGUCAUCCCACAUCUCUCAGCCCUAGUCCAAACAUACUUCUCGACAAUGAACGCCAUCGGUGCAGAGACAUGGAUUAUGCACGGCACGCUGCUGGCCUGGUGGUGGAAUCAGAAGAUCUUCCCGUGGGACAACGACUUAGAUGUCCAAAUUUCAGAAGCAACAAUCCACUUCCUAGCAGAAUACUAUAACAUGACAGAGCACCAUUUCGAUCUCCCCGACGUUGAUGGUGGUCGCGCCUACAUGCUCGAAAUCAAUCCCAACUAUGUCGUCAAGUCUGAACGAGAUACAAUGAACAAGAUCGACGCGCGCUGGAUUGAUAUGUCGUCGGGCCUUUUCAUUGAUAUCACUGCUGUGCGCAAGGAUGAGAAUAAGAGGAAGAAUGGACAUCCGGAGGCGUUGACUUGCAAGGAUAAGCAUCAUUACGAGGAAAGUGAUAUUUUCCCGCUGCGUGAUAGCACCUUUGAGGGAGUUGCGGUUAAGAUUCCAUAUGCUUAUACUUGGCUUCUUGAGGAGGAAUAUGGACCUAAGGCUCUGACACAGACGACCUUUUCAGGUCAUACUUUCAACGGGGCGAACAAGAUCUGGGAAUCUACAAAGCGAAAGCUUAAACGCUUCCUUCGACGAGGCUGGCGAGGCGAUGACUUGCCAGUCCGUACCUCGGAUCUCAAUCCUAUUAUAGAGACAUGA